AUGAAGAUUCAUAUUUGGACGCCAAAGUCGCUGCGAAAUUACGCGCGUAUCACCAUGGCGCCCUCAGAAGAGCUUAUCAAUUUUGAUGUGAUCGAGGGCCAGAAGGAAAACAUACAGUCACUUCCUGGAGGUCGCUCCGCCAAGAAGCUCCAUGCGCUGUACUCACCUACACCAUUGCAAGGACUCUCCACGCCAACCCCUACCGACACAAAGAAUGUCAACGACUGCAUCCGUGCAGAGUACGAGGCGGAAGUGCAAAGCAUAUCCGAGUCUGACGACCCCCUCGACGUUUACGACAGAUACGUGCGCUGGACGCUCGAUGCAUAUCCCUCCGCACAAGCGACACCGCAGUCACAGCUUCAUACGCUGCUCGAGCGGGCGACAAAGGCUUUCAUCGGCUCACCACAGUAUAAGAACGACCCACGCUACUUGAAGCUCUGGCUGUACUAUAUCCAGUUUUUUGCGGACGCGCCGCGCGAGACGUACAUGUACUUGUCCCGCCAUGGCAUCGGAGAGAGCCUUGCCCUAUUCUACGAAGAAUAUGCUGCAUGGCUCGAGGGAGCGUGCCGCUGGGCACAGAGUGAAGAGGUGUACAAGCUAGGAAUUGAGCGUGAAGCUCGCCCCGUCCAAAGACUGCUCCGCAAGUUCAAGGAGUUUGAGGAGAGGCAAACCCAAAUUCCGGAAGCAGCGGAUGCACCAUCUUCGCCAGCUCUGCCUAGCAUUCGCCCGGCGCUGGCAGCCAAGGUCGACCCCUUCGCCGCUGCAACCCGCGCAGACCCCCAGGCGCCACGCCCGACGAGCAGCACGAGCGGCUCCUCCAAGCCAGCCAAACCCAAGCUAGCCAUUUUCUCAGAUGCAGACGCCAAACCUUCUGCGCUGUCGUCCCGAGAGGAAGGCUCCAAAGGAUGGGAGACGAUUGGAUCUCUUUCGGACCGGAAGAAGGAGAACACAGUGGAGGCGCGGCCUUGGGUGGGCGAGACUCUCAAGGCUGGAGGCAAGAAGCCAGCUGCUGCAGCAAAGAUGGCGGUGUUUAGAGAUACGUCUCUUGCUCAAAUACAAAAUAUAGUUGUUGUUCCAUCGAAACAUCAAGUGACAGUCCACCCGCAGACGGGCAAGAAGGAGUAUAUCUUUGCCGACCUUGCGGCAGUUUACCCCACGCCAGACGAGCUUGGCACAGAAGUCAGCUUUGAGGAAAUCAUGGCGGCGAACCGUGGGUGGUUAGAUUACGCAUGGGAAGACAAAGAAGAAGAGGAAGUUUAUCAGCAAGAUGUUCCUAUGCAGAUUGAUGAGAUUGAAGAAAUAAGCAAGCUGGCCAUUCACAGAGACGCCGUCAUGUACGACGAAAAUGGCGCCAUGCUGCAACAUUCUCAUGUGCCCAAGCCGAGCAAGAAAAAGAAGCACACGGAAGUCAAUGAGACACAAAUCAUCAAAGCCAAGUUAGAUUCGCCAUCGCGACCAAAGAUGAAAAAGCGACACACGUCGGAGCCGACAAUGACCCUGCACACGAGAGCAGCAACGGAUGAUAUAUAUGACAUAUUUAAUGCCCCGAUCAAGCCCAUUGCGGAGAACCUCAACGAAAGUGGCGAUGAAUACGAGUAUGAAUCUGAUGGCGACUACACCACUGAUGCAGAAAGCACUGUGGCGACUCGUAAUGUUGAGGCCAGUGAUAAUGGAGACGAGGAGAUGACUGACGUCAAGAGUCUGGGCGAAUGGUCAGACUUUUCGGUUCGCAAGCAUGCUCCAGAUGGCCUCGGCGAAUGCGACUAUUCCUCGGAUGCUAUCAACGCUCACCACCCAGACGUCACCCCGCAGCAUCUGGACUCGACAGAGGACGAUGAAAUGAUGAAUGGAUAUGAUGAGCAGCAUACACCUGGAGAAAGUUCGCUUCCUAGAACCAGGACAGUCUUUGUCCCUAUCCCGCCCGAGGAUUACGACCCUCCCACUCGUCCGUAUAGAGACCCGGUCGAGGUGGCCAACAACAGACUGCCGUUUAUGACGCCAAUCACGGAGCGAACGGAGGCCUCUCUUGAUCUAGAUGAAGAUUAUGAGAAUCGUAUCGAUACUUUCAAGACUCCGUCUAGACGAGAAGACCAUCAAGCGGCAGGCCGUUUCCACACUGACUUGGAAUGCCUCAGCAGCCCACUGAGAGAGAUUGUUGAAGAUGAUUUCCCCGCUCCUAAGAUCCCUGCCACCCUCAAGCCAAAGCAUGCGCCUCUUUCGACAAAGCCAGCCAAGGCUUUGCCCCGGAAAGGUCCUACCAUCAAGGACGUGAUGUGCAAUCCCAUGGAUGAGCAUGUUCGCAAGGAAAUUCUGGCUAACAUCCAACCUCCAUUGAGCUCAUACGCCGGAUUUUAUGAUCAGCGGCACGAUCAGUCUGAGCGUAGCAAUGCUAUUCGCAAAUUUAUCAAGGCGCUCAACAGCAAGCCAGGAAAGUCGAGCAGCGAGCGAGGUGCUUCACUUCCACCACAAGUGGUGCUUGAAUUUUCCAACGUCGAUGCAUCUUAUACACUCAAGAGAGAGCUCGGUGCAGGCGCAUUUGCCCCAGUCUACCUCGUUGGCAACUCGAGACCAGAGGGGCCAGCUGGCGAUGAGAAUGCCAUGCCUGCCAUGGGCAAAGGUGUCUUUGCCGUCAGCAAGCGUGCUGGCCUAGAAGCUUUGAAAAUGGAAAACCCCCCCAGCCCGUGGGAGUUUUACAUGAUGCGUCUGUCGCACAGUCGUCUGGGACCUCAGCAUCGCGUUUCAGCAUCUCUCUCAUAUGCCCAUGAGCUGCAUCUGUACAGAGACGAGGCAUUUCUGUUCCUCCCCUACCAUCCUCAUGGUACUCUGCUUGAUGUGAUUAAUCACUUCCGCUCCGAGUCCUCUGGCGGGAUGGACGAGCUUCUAGCCAUGUUCUUCACGAUUGAACUCAUGCGUACUGUUGAAGGUCUUCAUGCCAAGCAGCUCUGCCACGGCGACCUCAAAGCUGACAACUGCCUGCUCCGCCUUGACGAGCUCUCUGGCACCUCACUUCUCGCCAACAAGUGGCAGGCGGACGGCGGUGGCGGCUGGGGUGCGAGGGGCAUCUCUCUGAUAGACUUUGGGCGCGGUAUCGACAUGCGCGCCUUUGUGCCGCACGUCGAAUUCUUUGCCGACUGGAAAACGACUGAGCAGGACUGCUCGGAAAUGCGAGAGGCGCGUCCCUGGACGUGGCAGAUUGACUACUACGGCCUCGCAAGUACGAUCCACUGCCUCUUGUUUGGCAAAUACAUUGAGACGAUGCGCUGCGAUAGCGGUGGCAUUGGCAAAGGCCGCAAGUACAAGAUUCGGGAGGGUCUCAAGCGCUACUGGCAGACGGAUAUCUGGGCUGACUGCUUUGAAGUGCUCCUCAAUCCUACCUCGUUUGUUGGUGGUGAGGAGGGAGGCACCAUGCCAGUACUCAAAUCGAUGAAGAGGGUACGGGAGCGCAUGGAGGCAUGGCUGGAGGCAAAUAGCGAAAGGGGCAUAGGACUGAAAGGGUUGAUUGUCAAGCUGGAGAACCAUGCCAAGACGAGGAAAUAG